AACCUUAAACAAUAUAAACUGUAACGCCCCUCACCUCAGCAGAAGCGAAAGCGAAACUUUUAACUAAACGCUCGAGGUUGCCUAAUCACGCUAUUUGGUUGCUGAAGAUGUCUACCGAGGAGUUCUCCCUCGUUAGUAAUGGCGAAUCAUUGGGAAUGGGAACCCUGGAGAACAUACAGAAGGAGAUCAACAAAUGCAAGAAUCAAUAUGACUCUUUAGUAAAUGAUCAAAAAAUGUUCAAGGAUGCAAUAGACAGCAACAAAAACUAUGCUAAACAAUUUCAAGAACGCAGAGAAGAAAAGAAAAUGUCCCUUGACGCAGAUAAGAGAAAACAUGCUGAGAAGAUUCAGAAAGAAGAGGAGCAGCAGAGCUCUGUACAAAAGGAGCAUGAAAGACUCAGAGCGGAUAUCAUACAAAUAAAGGAGGAGUUGGAUUAUCUGGAGAAGAAGAAUGACCAUCUAAAACAGCAAACUGAGGUCUCCACAGCAGUGCCUGAGAAGAAGGUUGUAUUUAAAGGAAAGACAGAACAAGGUGCACAUGCUCUGAGUUUUGACGUGAGUCCCCGCAUAGUGUAUCCGAUGGAGGGUGGAACAGCGCUUAUCACCUUUGAGGAAGUGGGAGUGGCUCAGAAGAUUUUAAGCAUGAAGGAGCAUUCUGUGGAGCUUGGGGAAUGUGUCAUCAAUGUGCAGGUUAAACCAGUUCAGUUUUUGGUUCCCAGUUAUAUUGAGAUGGACACACAGGUUUGCCCACGAAGAAUCUUAGUCUCUAACCUGCCAAGUAAAUUACCAGAGGACAAACUACUCGACAAACUGGAGAUUCAUUUCUCUAAGACAAAGAAUGGAGGCAGCGAGGUGGAGGAAAUAGACAUGUUGCAUGAUUCUGGCACGGUGGUUGUUACCUUUGUAGAUGAUAGUGUUGCCAAAGGUCUGACAGACCAACAGGAUCAUAAAUUUGACAUUGUGAAAGGCCAGAAGCACAAGGUGAAGGUCACUCCAUUCCUCAAUGGAGAAAUUUCACAGCUUCACACAAGGUACUCAGUGUGCCUGCGCACUGUUCAGCUUACCGGCAUCCCUUCCAUUAUGGAGCGAGAAAAUCUGCAGGACCACCUGGAGAUCCACUUCCAGAAGGGAGCCAAUGGUGGCGGUGAGGUGGAGAGCAUCAUCUACAACCCUAUGGGCCACACCACCCUAGCCGUAUUUGUGGAGGACUCCCUUGAAGACAGCCAGAGCAUCUGAGACAUUAUAUAGCUAUUAUACCUGAACAGCUUUGUGACAUAAUACUGCAUUUCGGUCACAAACUAGAAAUGUAUUUUCAUAAUAGAGAUUUAGGGCUAAUUAGUAAAAAGAUUUCUACCUCUUUGUACUUUUAUCUAUACAUCAUUACACUUUGAUGUCUAUACAUGGACAUGUUUAUACAUUAUAUAAAUACAUGACUCGUAGAAUAUUUUUCUUAUAACUAUUCUAAAUUGAUAUGCUUUAGUUGGCAAAAUAUUGCCACGUCCUUGAAGCUAAAGUAUGGGAUGAUGGGGAAGGAAACCAGAUAAAAGUUUCUUAUUAAUUCAUACGCUAUUAAUAAAAAAUACAUUUGCUCAUGAAAAAUGUAUAGUUUCAAUGCAAGUUAAACAUUUACCAUGUUCACUGACAAAAAAAAUCUCAAAUAAACUUAAAUGUGCCAAAACUGAUUUUGUGAUAUGAGGCAAAUCUGAUUUGGGGAUGUUCUUAUUUCUAUGUAAAAUAAAAUCUACAAAAGUGCAU